UCCGGGGCUUUAGCGGGCGCGUCCCGAUCCUGGUCUGGUCUCUGGGGCUCCUCGCUCUCCGCUGCCGGAGGCCCCGGUGACUCUGCUGCCGCCUGUGUUGCCCUGUGACCUCCAGGUCCCUGAAGAUCCGUAGGGAGGAUGUGGGGACACGCCGGAAGCGGGGAGGUGCUGUGUCUUCUCAUUACAGCCAAGACCGUUUGCCAUGGAAAAGCCAGAAAGAUUCAUUCCAAAAAGUGCUACUGAGAAAUUAUGAAGGCUCUGAACUUCAUAAUUUAAGCUUAAGGAAAGACUGGGAAAGUGUGGGUGAGUGUAAGGAGCAGAAAGAAUGUCAUAAUGGAUUUAACCAAUUUUCAACAGCUAGCCAUUGCAAAGUCAUCAAAUGUAAUAAAUGUUUGAAUGUCUUCAGAAAAUUAUCAAAACAAAAUAGACAUAAGAUAAGACAUACUGUAGGGAAAACUUUCAAAUGUAAAGAAUGUGGAAAAGCCAUUAACAAAUGUUCGCACUUUACUGAAUAUAAAAGAAUUCAUACUACAGAGAAACAUGACAAAUAUUUAGAAUGUUGCAAAGUCUUCAAAUCUUGCUCAAGCCGUUCUAAUCAUAAGUCAAGUCAUGCUGGAGGGAACCCGUACAAAUGUGAAGAAUGUGUCAAAGCUUUUAUCCAGCGUUUAAACCUGAUGAUACAUAACAUAAUUCAUACUGGAAAGAAACCCUACAAAUGUGAACAAUGUGGCAAAGCUUUUAAGUGGUCUUCAUACCUUAACAUACAUAAGACAAUUCAUACUGGAGAGAAACCCUACAAAUGUGAGAAAUGUGGCAAAGCUUUUAUCCAGCGUUCAACCCUGACUACACAUAAGACAAUUCAUACUGGAGAGAAAUCCUACAAAUGUGAAGAAUGUGGCAAAGCUUUCAAGUGGUCUUCAUACUUUAACAUACAUAAGACAAUUCAUACUGGAGAGAAACCCUACAAAUGUGAAGAAUGUGGCAAAGCUUUUAAGUGGUCUUCAUACCUUAAUAUACAUAAGAGCAUUCAUACUGGAGAGAAACCCUACAAAUGUGAGGAAUGUGGCAAAGCUUUUGUCCAGCAUUCAAGCCUAACCACACGUAAGAGAAUUCAUACUGGAGAGAAACCCUACAGAUGUGAAGAAUGUGGCAAAGCUUUUAUCCAGCAUUCAAACCUGACCACACAUAAGAAAAUUCAUACUGGAGAGAACCCCUACAAAUGUGAAGAAUGUGGCAAAACUUUUAUCCACUGUUCAAUCCUGACCAAACAUAAGACAAUUCAUACUGGAAAGAAACCCUACAAAUGUGAAGAAUGUGGCAAAGGUUUUAAGUGGUCUUCAUACCUUAAGAUACAUAAGACAAUUCAUACUGGAGAGAAACCCUACAAAUGUGAUGAAUGUGGCAAAGCUUUUAUCCAGCGUUCAAACCUGACCACACAUAAGAAAAUUCAUACUGGAGAGAAACCCUACAAAUGUGAAGAAUGUGGCAAAGCUUUUAUCCGCUCUUCACACCUGACCACACAUAACAAAAUUCAUAGUGGAGAGAAACCCUACACAUGUGAAGAAUGUGGCAAAGCUUUUAUCCAGCAUUCAAACCUGACUACGCAUAAGACAAUUCAUACUGGAGAGAAACCCUACAGAUGUGAAGAAUGUGGCAAAGCUUUUAUCCACCGUUCACACCUGACCACACAUAAGAGAAUUCAUACUGGAGAGAAACCCUACAGAUGUGAAGAAUGUGGCAAAACUUUUAUCCAGCAUUCAAACCUGACCACACAUAAGAGAAUUCAUACUGGAGAGAAACCCUACAAAUGUGAAGAAUGUGGCAAAGCUUUUAUGCAGCAUUCACACCUGACCAAACAUAAGACAAUUCAUACUAGACAUAAACCCUAGAAAUGUGAAUGUUGUGGCAAAGCCUUUACCCAGUGCUCUUACCUUACUAUACAUGACAGAAUUCAUACCUGAGAAAAAUCCUACCAAUGUAAACAAUGUGGCACAUUCUUUAAUAACUGUUCACAUAUUACUUGACAUGACAGGGGUCAUACUGCAUAAAAGCGGUAUAAAUGUAAAGGCUGUUGAAACACCUUCCACAAAAUAAAAGUCUUAGAGUGCACCAUGGUUAUUGAUACAGGGAAAAAAUUAGAAGUAUAAAGACUGGUGCAAUACAUUUACUUACAUCGCAGAUCUUCUUUAUUGUACACAGAAUUCAUACUGGAGGGUAAACCCCUAACAAUUGCUUAAAGUGUAUUGAACUUCACAGAAUUUGGACUGGAGAGAAGCCCUACAAAUAAAAUAAAUACGGAAAAAUAUUUGUUCCAAAAAUAUGCCUUAGGAAACAUCAGCAUUAAUAUUAAAAGAUAUUUUAGAGAUACAAGAAAUAUGAAAAAAUUGAAUCAUAACUGAAGUCUAAAUAAGCAUCAGAGGAUUUACAGUAGAAAGCACCAAGGCACUAACACUUUCAGACAUUAAAGCAGAGGGUUUAUUUUGAAGAAUAAUCCAAAGUUAAAAUAGAUAAUUUAUUUUUAUGUAGGCAUAAAAGAGCAGAAGAUUUGAUUUUUGAAGGGUUAUUACACUCAAAUUAUGCUAUUUUGCAUUGAAAUGAUUUUAGAUGUUUGAAAAAUUAAAUAUUGAUGUAGUUCAACACUCAGAUCACUUGCUGCUCUGCUUUGAUUCCUAUUCUUUCUGUGAAAGGAUGUGGCCAACUUUUGCUGCAUUGGAGGUGUGAAAGAACUUUCUAAAUUAUGUAGGCAUCAUUUUUGUACCCUUGUAAAAAAUAUUACAGACACCAAGAUGUAAUAUUCAGUAAGAAAAUCUAGGUGGAGAGGCUCUUUGUGAUCAAGCCAUAACACUGUUUUAAGUAAUCUGUAUGGUAGGUUUUUAAUGUAAUAUUCUUCUGAGGACAUUUUCAACUUUAGAACGAAAUUGUUUUACCAAUUGUAUAUUAAGUAAUAGAACAAAGUAGAUUUUCAAAUGCUGUUACUAAAACUAUGUGUGAUCUUAAUUUGUUUUAAUAAAACAAAAUUGUUUUUAAUGUGUUA